AAAUGUGUUGGUGGCAACGGAGGAGGGGACAUGAAGUGCUGAGCAACAAGAAGCCACCUGGCUUCUCACGGUCAUUGUAGAGAUCUGGUGUGAGACCGUCCCUCUCGGUUCUUGCCUCACUGCCCAGCUCAGCCCUAAGAUGGCAGAUGAUCAAGACUGUGUUGUGGAGCAGGGAGCUGGGGAUUCGACAAGCACAGAUGCAGUUGAUGCUAAGCCAGACCGGUCCUCCUUUGUCCCAUCACUCUUCAGUAAGAAGAAGAAAAAUGGCCCAGAGAGAUCCAUCACGACCAACCGCAACCGAGAGCCUACAUAUCAGUAUAACAUGAACUUUGAGAAGGUGGGCAAAUGCGUCAUAAUAAACAACAAGAACUUCGACAGAGGUACAGGAAUGGGUGUCCGAAACGGAACAGACAAAGAUGCUGAGGCCCUUUUCAAGUGCUUCCGAAACCUGGGUUUCGACGUGGUCGUCUAUAACGACUGCUCUUGUGCCAAGAUGAAAAGUCUGCUGAAACAAGCUUCUGAAGAGGACCACCGAAAUUCAGCCUGCUUCGCCUGCAUCUUAUUAAGCCACGGAGAAGAAAAUUUAAUUUAUGGAACAGAUGGCAUGACACCAAUAAAGGACUUGACAGGCCAUUUUAGGGGAGAUAGAUGUAAAACCCUUUUAGAGAAACCCAAACUCUUCUUCAUUCAGGCUUGCCGAGGGACAGAGCUUGAUGACGGGAUCCAGGCCGACUCGGGGCCUAUCAAUGACGACACAGAUGCUAAUCCUCGAUAUAAGGUCCCAGUUGAAGCCGACUUUCUCUUCGCCUAUUCCACAGUUCCAGGCUAUUACUCAUGGAGGAACCCAGGGAGUGGCUCCUGGUUUGUUCAGGCGCUCUGCUCCAUCCUGAACGAGCACGGGAAAAGUCUGGAGAUCAUGCAGAUCCUCACCAGGGUGAACCACAGGGUGGCCAGACACUUUGAGUCUCACUCGGAUGACCCACACUUCCACCAGAAGAAGCAAAUCCCCUGUGUCGUCUCCAUGCUCACCAAGGAACUCUACUUCUGAGAAGAACCAUGCCAGGGGUGCACUCUAGCUGAGAAGCGACAGAUCACUUGUUAAUGAAUCAAUUUUUUUUUUGACACUCACUCUUGAAAUAUCCAGAAAUUCUAAAGGAUUUUAAUUUCAGGAAAGUUUAUUGAUUCAACAGGAAAGAAACUUUCUGGUGCUGUCUUAUGUUCUCUGAAUUUUCAGAGGCUUUUUUUUUUUUUUUUUACAAUUCAUUUGUUGACUUUGGUUAUUCAUUUGGUGACUUUGUAAUUUCCUCUUAAGGUUAAUUUUCUGUUCCUAUUUCUUUCUCCUUGUUGUACACAGUACAUACAACAGAAAAUGAUUUUUCAUUGGCGUAGGGCAGAUUCUCAUGCAGAAAUUCCCAGCUAAGUUAGAGGGGAAAAGAAUUUAAUGAUUCUAAUAUGUUUCAGUCAGGAUCCAGUCAGGAAAAUGGAAACCAUCCUAGGUGUUUCAGUAGAGGGAAUUUAAUAGAGGAAAUUGACGUACUUAGAUGAUAAAGGAAAAGCCAAACAAAAGGAAGUGGUUACCACCUAGGGCUCUGAAUGGAUGUAGUUCCGUGAGUCCAGAAGCUGGAGUUGUCCACAAGAGCUGGAACCAGGGUGGGGGCUGCCUGGUGGGAGCUAGGACCACCAAAGAGUUGUAGAAAAUGGAGCCAUGGCAGGGACAAAUCCCCUGCCUGAGAUGAGGCAAUGCCGGGUGAGUCAGACAGGGAGAAAGACCCUCCUCUUCACCUCUCCUCCUGCCCUCGAGUCUUCCUCCAGCACCAAACCCUUCCAGCCCUACCAGGAAGCCAGUGGCAAGGGCCCUGGGAAAUGUGAUUUUCCUGCAAUACAGAGGAGAGCAAGGGAUAACGACACAGGGGAAGAAUAAGAAAUGGAUAUAAGCCUAGCCCUUAAUGUGAAUAUAAGUAAUCAUAUUCCCUGAUGUUCAGCAAUUCCUCCAUUCAAUCAUUUAUUCCUCGAGUUGUCCGAUAAUCUGUGUAUUGCCACUCUGUGCAAAAUAAUCUGUUGUAGCUUUAAAAUAUACCUGGAACUUUUUAGAUUAUUCCAAGCCUUUUUCUGAGUAAAUUUUUUGUUGCCUCUAAUUCUCUAAGUGGGGUAAAAUUCAUGGUAAAGAUUUUUGCAUUUUGUUUUCAAGGUGAUGUUGUUUUUUGAAUUCUUGAUAAAUUACUGUUUUAUUCUGCCUAAUAACUGGUUAACAAACAAAUGUUUAUAUUUAUUGAUUAAAACGUGGUGGCUUAAUUCCUAA